AUGACUAGUAAACGCCUACGUAGAUGCCCUUACAAGAAGGCAUCAAAGACUCCUCCGAAGGGAGACGUAGACGGAAGACGCCAAGGUCUUCCUACCGCCGAGGCACAACUUCGACGACUUGAGACUGCGAGGACUGCCUACCGAGACAGGGAAGUCGAUGUCGACGCUAUGAAACGAUACCUGGCUGAUCUGCUCGAAUUUGAAGUCAUUUGGAUGAAUCUUGACCGCCCUGUCAUCCGUUAUUUCACUGCGACUGUUGAGGCCCGGCGCAUUGAAUGGGAACUCUGGCUGGAAGGACUGGAGAAGGCAGGCACGAAUACCUGGCAGAAGGCGGUCAACGUCAGCCGCAUCACUGGCGCCGCCCCUAUCAACGGGCUUAUCCGCAGGCUGCAAUGCACGGAUGCCCUGCUUAAUACGCUCUUCCGAGCCCUGAAAGGGCCAGGAGCAGAGAAUCGGUCACAAUUCUCGACCGAAUAUGCCGACACAUUGCUAUUGGUGCCUACCUAUAAUGCUAGGAGUAGUACAAAAGAUGGCUCAAACAUGUGGCAUGUGCUGGUUACAGCUAGCAGUGGUUGGCCGGGAAUAAGGUACUCAGAGGACUCAGAGCACAGGAAGAAAGAGGGACUAUACUCUCAGGGUUCCUUGGAACACUAUAACAGAGAUAGUCUUGUUUUUACAUAUCCCUUGGAUUGGAGUGAGGAUAAGUCACUCCUAUUCGCUCAGGAGCUGAAUGUGUUUCACAUGAAGAAACGUAGCAACACUAGACGUUGGAUGAUGGAACAUAAGUGA